AUGGCGUCACCAUCGAGUUUCAUUCCAUUAGGAAGCCUUAUCAUCACGCGGGAAAACACUGAGCUUACAGCUGAAGAGUGGAAGCUGUUGGAGAAGAGAUUCGGAAGAUGGGGCAUCAUUGCGCCGACGAAACCUGCCAAAGGCGUCAGAGCCCCCAAGCCAUUUGAUCACGUAGAGGAUACCUUCCUCUUGUCUGCGGCUUUCAAGAGCUACAAGAACCUGGUGGUCGAAGGAUGGAUCCGAGUCCAUCUACUCAUUCGCCCGGAGAGUGAGGAACGCGGAACUGCAAGAAUUUAUGUCUUGCCUGACGACGUCGACAAUAAGGCCAUCGACCGAGACCGCACUAAGCUAAGAAGAUCACGCAGAGCGCUCAUUGCCCAACUCGACUUUUCUCAAGAGGCCUGGUCUGGCCAGCCCACUUCGACUCCAACCACACUCGAACAUGUCUUCAGAGAUGAAAAAGACUCCCAUGACUCAGCCUCGUUGCUCCAGAUGUUCAACAGCAUUCCUUCCCCGGACCCGGCGCCCCAUGCUGUCACCAAUCCAUUUGAACAAGAUGCCAUUUACAACGUACUCGAAGGCAACCUGCCUGGUCUGAAUGAUACGUCGAAGCUUUAUGACUACCAGCGUCGCUCAGCUGCGGUCAUGAUUCAGCGCGAAAGUGAACCUGGCCAGUUCCUGGAUCCAAGAAUUGCCAAAGGAAUCGACCAAAAUGGUGCAGCCUACUACUACGAUACUAGCUCCGGAGCCCUCGUCAAGGAACCAAGGUUCUACGAUGGUGUCAGAGGCGGUAUAUUGGCCGAGCAGAUGGGCGCAGGCAAGACCCUGAUCUGUCUGGCCGUCAUCUUGGCGACUCGACAUUUGUCCUCCCGCACCCCCGAUAUUUACCAAGGGAGCGACGUGCGCGUAAGGAGGAAGAUUGGAUCACUCGCUGACAUGGCAGCCUCGAAUGCCAACAUCAAAGGAGCUCCUUGGAAGAUCUUCUUCAACGUCUAUGAUGCGAACCAAGAGCUGGAGUACGACAAGUGCAUAGCAGCAAUCCGCCGCAACCCCAGCCGCUACCACGUCCCCGAGGAGCCUCCCAAGCGCCUUCGGCGGCAUGAAAAUUCUAUUGGUAACCCGGCAAAGAAAGUCCGACACACUCAUGCAUCCAUAGUGAUCGUCCCCAACAACCUUGUUCAACAAUGGAUUCAGGAAAUCGAAAAGCACAUCGUCCACCCAGGAAACCCGGCGGGUCUUAAGGUCCUGAAGCUAACUAGCCAGAAGGAGGAAAUUCCCAACUCUCAAGUCCUCGCAGCAUAUGACCUCGUCCUCAUUACCCAGUCACGGCUCGAUAGGGUAUGGAGAGAAACUAUGAUGAUGGGGUGUCCACUGGCAGAAGUCCACUUCAAGCGCUGUAUAGUCGACGAAGGGCACAAGAUAGGCUACGCGAAGAUAAACAACAAGAGCAAUGUCCUCCUGGCUAUUGACGCACUUCACAUCUCUGCUCGCUGGAUUGUGACCGGCACGCCAGCCACUGGCUUAUUCGGUGUAGACGACCAACACUUCAACGAUACCCAUCCCGACGACAAAAAUAAUACCGACAAGGCGGCAGCCCUCGCCGAGGCGGAAAAGGGAGAUCUGGAGAAGAUUGGCGCGAUAGCAUCGCUGUACCUCAAUGCUCGACCUUGGUCCAAUAGCGUACACGAAACAGGAGAUACGACGGCAGAUUGGGCAGUGUACGUGAUGCAGCCGAAGCAUAGCUCCCGGUCGACCGGCCGCAUGGGGGUGCUGCGCGCUACACUGAACUCUCUCAUCGUCAGGCAUCGACUGUCGGAGCUUAACACCCUGCUUCCAUCAGUCAACGAGAACGUUAUUGUAUUGGAAGGUUCAUACCAAGACAAGUUGUCGCUUAACAUCUUCUCGAUGAUGAUCAUCUUCAACGCCGUCCAGUCUCAAAGAGUUGACAUGGAUUACUUCUUCCACGCUCGUCAACGCAAGGCUCUGCUCCAGUUGGUUCACAACUUGAAGCAAUCCAGUUUCUUCGGUGGUGUCUUCUUCGCUAAGGACGAUAUACUCAAGGCACUCGAAACUGCAGAGACUUUCCUCCAAGAGAAAAAGGUUCUCAUCAGCGAGAAAGACGAAGCUCUUCUGAAACAGGCCGUUGAAGUUGCCCACGUUGCCAUCGAAAACCAACUCAAAGACUUCAGCAACAAGUAUAACGAGGUCCCCAUCUUCAUCCGCGACUUUCUCCCCAAUGGCGUGGGCUCUGCCUGGUCCCUCGACGAUCGAGACGCUAAUCCUACUUGUACCGAUGCUGGCAUGGUACUUACCGCGCAGAAGCUGAUCGCCUCUGCCAUGGGUAAGCCCACGAAGCUGAAUAGUCUACUCAACGGUCAACUGGAAUUUGAGGGUCGUAAAGAGCAAGCCGAUCAGAUCAUGUCCGGGGCACAGGGUGUCGCAGUUGACCACCGGCCGUCAAAGUCUCCAGGGGUUCUCGCUGGCAAUACGAGACUGGGAGGUGAACGGGUUGCUCGACACCUGAAGUCUACUGCCUCGAAGCCCGCUGAGCCCGUGCCCGAGCUGGAGCAACUUCCAGACGAUCUGAAGAAGGCGAUGCUGGUUUCCACCGUGUCAGCAAAGCUCUCAUACCUUAUCGACGCUGUGGUCGAGCACCAAGAAAAAGAGAAGAUGAUCAUCUUCUACGAGAAUGAGAAUGUGGCAUGGUAUCUGGCGGGUCUUCUUGAAGUAAUUCACGUGCGUCACCUGAUUUAUGCCAGCAAGCUCACGUAUGCCCGGAAGAUGGAGUACGUGGAUACUUUCAAUAACAACCCUACGAUCAGGGUCAUUCUCAUGGACUUGUCGCAGGCCGCUAUUGGUCUCGACAUGAGGGCUGCCUCGCGAAUCUACUUUAUCAACCCCGUUCUGAACCCCCAGAUCCAAGCCCAAGCCAUUGGCAGAGCCCGGCGCAUCAGUCAGCAGAAACCCGUGACGGUCGAGACGCUCGUCCUCCGGGACAGCAUCGAAGAAGUCAUCAUGGAGCGCAAGAAGACCAUGUCGCAGUUUGAGCAUUGGAAGUGCAAGUCCAUCAUAGACGACCAACCCAUCUACAACUGGAUCUUGAACGUCGGCAUUAUACCUCUUCCAAAGGACCAGAAAGCUUACUUGGCGCAGGCCAUUCCGCUGAAGCGCCCUCAGCCAAUCUUUGGCAGCAGUUUUGCUGGCGGUCAGUCUUCGGAAGAGGAUACUCUGGCAAAUGGCACGGAGAUGAAGUCGACGGUGGUCAAGGAUGAGUUGGCAAAUGGUACAAACAUGGGCGGUCUUAAGCGCCCGCGUAGUUCCAAACCUGAAGGCAACGGAGACCUGGGAGGGGAACCUGCCAGACCUGUGCGCCGCCUGCGCUUCUCUGCAGAGGACAAGGAAAUGAGCGAUGAACAGUCCCCGCCAAAAGUGCGAUUUUCAUAG